UAAGCCAUUUCACUUCGGUGUUAUUGACAGCAUUAGUCCUAAGAUACUGCGUGCUUUGGCAACAAAAUUCGGGAUGGUUAUUCUGGCUUAACACUGAAACGGAAAAAGAUGACCAAAAAUAAGAUCGGUGCAUAAUUAACUAAAUGCAUGUGUCUUAAAAUUUAUGUUCAGUGUUGUGGUUGUGGGUCUCAGAGAGGGUAAAAGCAGAAAAGAAGUUACAAGGGACAAUUCACAAGCGGAAAAGCGACGAGUAUUGGUAGUAACAUAUAUAAAUUGACUUUGACUCGAAAAACGAGGCCUAACGGGGAAGUCUUGCAAUCAAAAGUUGAAUAAUGCAUUGACAUGUCUACAGCACACAUAAGCACGGAAUUCAGUGGGCUUAAAAGAGUGAGUUCAAGUUCUGCAUCGAGUUCCAUAUCAUCCUUCAACUUUUCAUCGGUUUCCGUGUCAUCGAGCUCCUCAUUGCGUGAAAGUGGUAUUGCACCGGUAUUCAUUUCGCUCCAAAAAAAGGAUAAGGGUGCCAUUGUGAUGUCAGCCCAGGUCACACCGAAGAUCUUGGCCAGCAUUAAUUCAAAGGAGUCGAGUCUCAAAGCAAACACCGUACACCAUCACGAAAUGGCCGAUCAAGCCAAAGUCAAUGCGUCAUCUCUACCACUGUCAGACGAUCCGCGGACACUGCAAUUGGCGUUGGAACUAUCACUAGUCGGAUUUAACGACAAUCCAACUUGUUAUGCGCAACCUGCUCAACCCCUACCAAUGCCCCUAAGUGCACAAAGUGACUUCGAAAUAGGUACCAUCAAUGGCAUGCCCGCGUUUUCCAAAUCUGACAGCACCCUGCCACUUCCACCGGCACCGAGUUCCCUCCUAUUACCCUGUGCCGGCGCCGUCAGCUUAGAAGAUCGAUCAAAGAAGUCGCAGAACAUGACGGAGUGUGUUCCAGUCCCCAGUUCCGAACAUGUUGCCGAAAUAGUGGGCAGACAAGGUUGCAAAAUAAAGGCUUUGAGAGCCAAAACCAACACUUACAUUAAAACGCCAGUUCGAGGAGAGGAACCGGUGUUCGUAGUAACUGGUCGAAAGGAAGAUGUGAACAAGGCUAAACGAGAAAUACUUUCCGCUGCUGACCACUUCAGCUUAAUACGGGCAUCACGUAAGCCUAUAAGUGACGGGCACAGUGGCGGAAUCGUUGGAAGUGCGAGUGGAUCUGGAGGUGGUGCAGUGCCGCGCAUGCAGUCAGGUCCCCCAUGUAUGCCUGGACAGAUCACCAUUCAGGUACGUGUACCUUACCGGGUGGUUGGACUUGUUGUUGGGCCUAAAGGUGCUACAAUCAAACACAUUCAACAAGAGACUCAAACUUACAUUGUAACACCAUCGCGCGAAAAGGAACCAAUAUUUGAAGUGACUGGCUUGCCAGACAACGUAGAUACUGCGCGAAAGCAGAUAGAAGCUCAUAUCGCCCUUCGAACUGGGACAGGAUCUGGAAGUGUUGAUGGUAAUACUAUGCAAGGUGGUGAACCGGUUGAGGCGAACGAGUUUGCGACCCUGCCGACAAUAAAUUCAUUAACCCAAAUACUAAAUGAUGAUUUGAAUUCCGAAAUUUUGUCGUCUAUAUACAAAAAUGCAAUUCCAUCUGCACAGGAUUAUGCAAAUACUACAAUAAAAAUUGCUGGGAACGGUAGCCUUUCCGUGAAGCCCAUGCAAGCCCAUCACACUGGCAAUUGCUUUCAAAAAACUGAGUUUUCUGAUAUGGAAAUAGCACAAACUAUAAAGGCAACAGAAUUAUCAGAUAAACAUCUUUCGGGAAAUGAAGUUUCCAUGCCAUUAGCUAAGGCUAAUGUUGUAUUCCGUAAUACGCCUAGUAAAACAUUAUCCUUCUGUCCUCCCACACCUACAUCAGCAUCGAUUCAUUCGAACUCUAAUGCGAAUAUUUUAACAAGAUCUUGUUCAUCUGCUUCUUCAACAACUUCAACAAAGAGUACCAACAAUAGCGCCAACACACCUCCAGAAAUAUUAAAUAUAUGGAAAAAUAUAAGUGAUUCAAUUGACGUCGACGAGGGGAUAGGGGAUUCGCCUAGUAUUUGGAACCAACAGGGGAAUAUUAUACCCACAGCACACUGCUCACCCACAAUCUCAAUAAGUCCUACGGACUCGCUGUUAGGACUGGGUGAGCAUUCUGUAAAUCAAAAAAAUCUGCAUCAGACUAAAGAGCCGACUAUAUGUAACAACAAGCAAAAGACCCAAGCCAUUCAAUUGCAACCGAACCCGGAUAAAUUUAUGAUUCACCGCGAAUGUUUUGUUUGUAAUGAAAAUGAUGUUACCACUGCUUUGGUUCCUUGUGGCCACAAUAUGUUUUGCAUGGAAUGCGCAAAUCAAAUAUGUAUUUCUAUGGAAGCAGUUUGUCCGCCACCAACGAUAUUGUCCUAUUGUGAGCAGAUACAUUUUAUUAUGGUUGCAAUUCAUGGCGGUUUUUUUAUAAUGUUGUGUUUAAUUUUCGUUGGAUUUUUUUGACAAUAUUUUUAAAUUAAAUUGUUAUAAUUUUUCAGACCUAACCCAAAUUUAAAUAGUAAAGUAAUAUUUUGAUUGUUCUUCAUAUUCUAGUGAAAUUUCAAACGGCAUAUUACGUGCGUAAGUCCCAAAUGAAAACUAGCCAAAUAAUUUUUCGCAUAAUAAAAGACAUUCACGAAAAAAGGUAAUUGAAAAUAUAUUGGAUCUAAAAAGUACACGUUAUAACACUAAUUCUCUCAAAAAUAAAAAUUGACUGAUAAAUAAGCAUAAAUAUUAAGAUCAGCACGUAACAUAUAUUAUAUCCAUAGAUAAAGUCAGAUACAAAUAGUUAUAUAUACUUAAAAUUACGAUGUAUGACCCACAUGUGACAACUACCUUAAUAAAGCUUACGAUUAAUGUGAAUAAAAAGACUUAUACAUUUAUAGUCAAUCAUAUUUAAUAUUUAUAAUACAAUGUAAAUUGCGCGUAAUGUUAGAAAAGCCAAUAGUUCUGUUUGGAAUUGGAUGUUUUAUAUCAAAAAUUAUGUUAUACCUGUGUUACUAACAUUUUGUACUGUGCCCAAAAUUAUAUUAAUCAAUCUAGUCCAAAUAUUUGUAAUAGAGGCUGGCUUAUAUAUUUUUAAAUGUAUAUAAUUUUUAUAUUUAAUCUGUAAGGUCAAAAAUUCAAACGAGUGAGACUAAUAAAGUAUAUUGAGCGCGCAAAA